AUGAGUUGUUCUAUGUUUUCCUCUUCAAGAGCAUGGCUUCAAAUUGCAGAAUUCUUAACUUUGGUCACUUUGUUUUGUGCAAAUGUUGUCUCUUCCUCCCAUCCUGACAUUCCGAAUUACCGUGAUUACUGCAACUCUAUUGUUCCUGAAUCAACUACUACUUCUCCUGAACUCACUACCAUCCCUUUUCCACCAAACCAGGAUGGUUACUACCUUGGUGGGGAUGGAAUUUUCGAGCAUCCAAACUCAACUCUCUACUACUACUCAUCAACUACCAGGAAAGUCUUAGUAUUUCAAACUGAUCAUGUUCAUAGUACUAAUGUUGAUGGUGUCUAUAAGGUUGAGGGUAGUUUGAUACUUCAACCUUCAAGAACUAGUUAUUAUGUUGAAGAUGUUAGAUAUAGUUAUUCUUAUUCUCCACAAGUCAUUUCUAGUUGGUCUGAGAGGGGUGCUCUUAGUUUCCAAGUUGAAGGGUUCUGGUCAAAAUCAACUGGACAGCUUUGUAUGGUCGGUUCGAGUUCUUCUUACUCAGAACAAGGUAAAGCUCAUCGUCUACACAAUGCUGUUCUUAAGCUUGAUAAUGUUAAGAGUGAAAGUACUAUAACUAGUUUGAUUAAAGGAACAUUAGUGAGCUUGAGUUCUGCCGAUGGUUUGAAUCAUUUUGAACCCAUUUCGAUCUUGAUGUUUCCUCUAAUGAAAUAUGCAUACACUGAAGUUUCAAAAGAACCAGAUUCUGUGUGUGCUGGUGAGACUGAUACUGCAAAAAUUUCACUUAGUUUACCGUUAAGUAAGUCUAUUUGCUCUAUAUUUUCGGGUGGGAGCAAUUCAUUCAAACUAUUAUAUGCAAGCGAUUGUGAUUCCGCAAAAAAUUGUAAUCCUUUUGGUGAUAGUGUUGGAUAUUUGCCUCGACUAAUGUCUUUGAAUUUAAUUCAAUGUUCAAGUGACAAACCGAGCCUGAGGUUUUUGUUAGAAUUCCCCAACAGUAGUUAUGCUGAUUAUUACCUCCCUUUCAAUCCAAAUGCAACUUUUAUUGCAGAAGGAUCAUGGAAUGCUAAGGAAAAUAAGUUGUGUGUUGUUGCUUGUCGAAUCUCGGCUGCAACAAGUUCUUUGAAUAGUUCUAUUGUUAAGGACUGUUCAAUUAGGAUGAGCUUCAGAUUCCCUUCUGUUUGGUCUAUCGGAAACAUUAGUGAUAUCGUAGGAAAUAUUUGGAGCAAAAAGCGUAGAAAUGAGUUGGGUUAUUUCAAAAGGAUCAGAUUCCAAAAUUACAUGGAACAAGUACGUGGGAUUCCAGGAUUGAAGUAUGAAUAUAGUUUGGUUGACAAGGCAAGAAAGUCAUGCCCAGAGAAGCAGCCUAGUAGAAAGAAAGGAAGCCAGUACCCAGAUCCAGAUUCAAAUGAAAUGCAAUUUGAUAUGUCUUUCAAGAAUUCUAGUGGAAAAAGAGUUGGUUAUGGCUAUGCUCGCCCUGUCUUUGUGGGAGAUCAUAUUUUCGCUCGAAACAGGUACAGGAACUCCAUGCUAUUUUCAAACUCAACGCCAGCGAAAAUUCAACAGAGUGGCUCUUUGAAAAUCAGCUACAAUAUAAAUUUCCCGUUCUUGAAUGCCUCUUCAAAUGAGCAAAUUCAAGUUGAACUUUCUGCUGAAGGGAUUUAUGAUGCUGAAACAGGAGUUAUGUGUUUGGUUGGCUGCAGAUACCUCGACUCGAAUAAUCAAAUACCAAAAUAUGAUGUGGACUGUGAAAUUCUUGUUAAUGUUGAGUUUCCUACAGUAGACUCAAACAAUUAUAUACAAGGACAUAUAAAUAGCACAAGGGAAGAAUCUGAUCCUUUGUACUUGCAGCCUCUUUCUUUUUCUGCAGUUUCCUACUAUAAUCGCCAUGCCAGAGAGUCGAUAUGGAGGAUGGAUUUCGAGAUUAUAAUGGCUUUAAUCUCUAAUACCCUUCUAUGUUUCUUUGUAGGAUAUCAAAUCUUUUAUGUGAAGAAAAAUCCUAACAUGUUCCCUUUUGUCUCAAUUCUUAUGCUGAUAGUACUUAUUCUGGGACAAAUGCUUCCUCUCAUGCUAAACUUCGAAGCCUUAUUCUUUUCAAAGGAAAAUCGUCAAUCUUACCUUCGCAGGAGCGGCGGAUGGCUUGAAUUAAAUGAAGUGAUUGUAAGAGUGAUUACAAUGGUAUCAUUUCUGUUACAAGUCCGGCUUUUGCAGCUUGUAUGGUCUGCAAGAUUGACCGAAGGAAACUCGAAGGCGUCAUGGAUUGCUGAGAAGAAAACAGCUUUUGUGUGUCUUCCACUAUAUGUGCUCGGCGCUUCGAUUGCUUUGUCUGUGAAUUGGAAGGAUUACGAAUUUGGCCACGAAAGAAAUUCUCCUUACUACAUUAGCAGCAGUACUAACCAGCAUUCCCUUUGGGUAGACCUAAGGUCUUAUGCAGGAUUAGUACUAGACAGUUUCCUUCUUCCUCAAAUCAUUGUCAACAUUUUCAACAACUCAAGAGAAAAUGCUCUCUCUUGCUUCUUUUACAUAGGGACUACAUUUGUGCGCCUGAUACCACAUGCAUAUGAUCUUUAUAGGGCACAUUACUAUUCUGAAGAUUUUGAAUGGUCAUACAUGUAUGCAAAUCCUUCUGUAGAUUAUUACUCUACUUCUUGGGAUUUGAUCAUUCCUUUGGGAGGUCUGGUGUUUGCUGCAAUUGUUUAUCUGCAGCAGCGAAACGGCGGGCGGUUUUUCUUGCCUAAGAGAUUGAAGGAGCUGGAGGCAUAUGAGAAGUUGCCAGUGGCUAGUGAUGACCCAUAA